UAGCCGCCGAGUCGCAGAUAUAUCGCGAUAUAUCAGUUUCACGCAGUACACAACGCAUCGGCUGUUCACGACGGCGACGAUAAUCGGGCGCACGUAAGCCACGGUUGAGCGAUUGAUACGAUAAUCUCGUGGAGCACUGUCGCGGCCCCCUCCCCCCGGGGUAGCAGGUCAUCGUGGUCGAUCGCGAAAGAUGCGACAGCCGUGCGUAUGAGCGGGCCCCCCUAGGUGAUCAAUAAGUUGUGCCACAAUCCUUGAAUCGUGCAAAAAAUACAAUAAUCAUGGAAUCGUCAGACAGGAAGAACGUAUAUAUUACGAAAACCGGCGAUAAUUCCUUGAACUCUGGAAUGAGAGAAACUAUGAUAGUUGGCCAGACUAAUAUUGCACCAGCCCAUGCUGUGGAUCCUCUUUGCUGUGCAGAAUGUGGUGCGGAAGGUGUGAUGAAGCCCAACAAUGUGUCCAAUGUUUCCACUAAUCAGACAAAGUGGUCUAACAACAGCGGCCCUAAAAAUUAUAUCAUCAAUGCGGUGCCUGUGAAGAACGAGAUCGUGCAUCUCGAGGACGGUAAUGCACAUUGCAACAACAAGAAAAUGUAUUACUAUGAUAGACAUUACACCGGACAUGAGGAGCCAGAGAGGCCAACGCGCAGAGGAACGAAGAGAUACAGAGACAAGGAUGCACCGAAACGAGCGCUAUCUGCGUUUUUUUACUUCUGCCAAGAGUUACGUGGUAAGAUGAGAGAAUUGCAUCCCGAGAUGGGAGUAGGUGACAUUGCAAAGGAAUUAGGAAAAUUGUGGAUGAGCACAGAUCUGCAAACAAAAUCUAAGUAUAUGGCCAUCGCGGAGGAAGACAGAGCCCGAUAUGAACGAGAAAUCAUCGCGUACAACAAGAGAGUUAAAAAUUAUGACCCGGAAGAAGUUGGAACCGUAUAAAUUGCAAUACGGACCCACUGGAACAAGAAUGACAACUUUAUUCUAAUUCGAGUAUUCGAAUACUGCAAGAGAGGAAGGAGUUCAGGUUUUAUUACUAACCUAGAAUUAUCGUUGUAUAUAUUAUGUAUACUGUUGAUAUUGUCCGGAAAAGAAUGAAAUUCUCAUAAAAAAGUUUCCACAAAAUUGGCUUUUUUUUACCAUCUUGAGUACAUAAAUAUUUUAUAUACUUAAGAUGGUAAGAAGCCAAGUUCAAAAGACGAGUGAGUUCCAUUUUAUAAUGAAUUUCUACAUCAUACGCAGACGCUAUAUAUUACAUACAUACUAACAUGUGCUUUUAUAUGUAAUUAUAUAUAUUAUGUAUUACAUAUUUUAUAUAUGAUUAUGUGUAACAAGCACAAUAGAACUUUUAUUAUCCAAAUCUAUUUCAUCAAGCGCAUUUGAUUAUUCAAACGUUCUUUAUACUAUUCCGUGUAAUCUAGCAUUCGGUCGAUUGAGCGUUCGAAUAGUCAAGAUUUUAUUACCUUUUAAGAAUAAUAAUAAUUCAAAUAAUAGUAACUGCUAUUGUAUUACAUUGCAUUAAUAUUAAGCAACGAUAACGACAAUGGUACCAUUCGCGAAUAAUAAAAACGUACAUUUUGCACCAUGCACCUAUAUUGCAAUGUAGAUUUACAGUAGAUCGCUUUGUCGAGACAUAAGAAAUGAUGCGAACAAGAGAUUAAUCAACCGGAACAAUAAGGAAUGGAAGAUAAUACUGUAUUAAGAGAGAGACAGAUUUGACUAUGUGUAAUGCGUGAAAAAAAUUGUAGAAGGAUAAUUUCGCUACCUCGUAAUAACUGAUUUUGUCAGCAAAAAUAAUAUUUGAUGAUGCAGUGGGCAAGAAAAAGUAUGUAUUAUAAAAUUGACUGUUACUUGUUUGAUGUACUUAUUAUUUCAGUCAGAACAUAGAAAUGCUAAAUACAUACUUAAAAAAAACUAAAGAACGGUAAUAUAGCAAUAACUAGCAUUUUUAACAUAUAACACAAUGAUUAUCGUAAUAGAGAAUUUUUAGAAGUUUUUUUGUAUUUAUCAGGAUUUAAAAUUUAUUGCAAAUGAUUUCUAAUAAAAUAUCUUUAUGAAAAAAAAUAUCUUUUUAAAAACAUUUAAAUGAUUCAGAAAAACUUGUCAAAUCAAAAUGUAAUGUCUAACAAAAUAUUCUUUUAUUUCACUGCUGUUAAAGUAUUUGUCGUAUUUUGUUAACUAAAUAUUUUUGUUUCUCGUAUUAUAUUGUACUCAAUUAGCUAAUUACACAUUGUUUUCUGUUUUUACAAUAAGUCAUUGAACAAAAUAUUUAAUAUUGUAGUGAUCGUGGCGCAGAGAGUUGUGCGUCUUCUCUCUGUGCCGAAAGCAUUCCCCAUUCGGGUUUAAAUUUCUCUGACCAGAAACAUCUAAUUUUAUUCAUUCGCUACCUCUCGGAAAGUAAUGACGAACCACCGAGAGUAUGCCAAAAGAAUCCUCUAAAAUUAAGCAGUUUGUAAUCUGCAUUUAAAUUAUAUGUGUAAAUUGUAAAAAAGCACACAUCACAGAAAUACAUUGAGGAGUCGCAACACUCUAACAAGAGCCAAAAACUAGAAAGAGAGGGAGAUUAAACAAAAGUGUUAUGUACUGAUGUUUUCUUACAUUUAAAGAAAAAUUCAUACGUUUCUUUUCCCACUGUGGAUGUUUUUCACGAGUUAAAUUUAUACACAUGCAAAUUUUAUUUCACGUCGACGGACAGGUGAGAGUCAAGAGAUUCAAUAAAUCGAUCGAAAAAGCGACUUAAUAAUUGAUAAUAAAAUGAUUUCACUACUAAGGAGCAUAAAGGUACAAUAGAAAGUAACAAAAAACUCGAGGUUUUUAUAUUUCUAAAAUGCAAUUGCGAGCACAUAUUUUGUACGUUUAUUUCGCGCCAGCUUACACUAUACGAGAAGAGCAAUGAAAAAGAAAGUAAAAUAACCAAUGAGUUUGAUAUUGGCAUACAUUUAUACAUGUCUUAUCGGACGCUACACAUAUUCAUACUUUAAGCAUAGAUAUAUAAAUAUAUCAGGGAAUUAUAUCAAGAUCCCGAAACGACGGAACGUAUAUUCUAUGUACUUUCUUUUUUUUUUUCAAUAAAGGUAAAAUAGAUAAAAA